AUGAACGCCGACACUCUCUCCGUCUUCAUCGAAGCUAAUCGGUUUCCUCCAGCCGUCAACGCGCACCGCUACUCUAUCAUCAGGGCCGAAGCCGACGCUGUCGCUGAACGUAUGUCGACCAUCUUCAGAGACAACAUUCGUCGGGCAUCGCGUUCGUACGCCGCGCCCAAGACGAACACCAUCUGUGACGAUCGCAUCUACGAGCUGGAAGGUAAUGAGGACGACGUUUCCAGCAGCUCGUCUUUUGCACCGUCGAGCUCUGCUUCGCUUCCUGCCUUGUCAGAGAUGAGUGUCAUGUCUCCGUUCAACCCCUUUGAUGAGGCCAUCCCGUCGCCUCCGAGCCCUCUUCCAGAGCGGCUUAGACCUACCGUUGAUGCUGAUGCUCUACCUUCUCCUCUGCCGCCGGUCAGCAAGAGUUAUCUGCCCUUCAUCUCCAAGUCUGCUCCGUUUGAUCCCUACAAGGAGAAGUAUGUCCCUCACCCUACGGGACCUUAUGCUGCCAGAAGAUUCCAGGAAAGAAGCAGGAUGAGUGUGGCGCCUACUGAAAGACCAGUCACUCCGAAUUUCUCCGAUGAAAGCUCAUCUGAUGAGGCUACUGCUGAUACUGACACACCUCCUGAAUGUCCCAUCUCGCACAAGUGUCCAGAGGCUUUUGUGAAGAUGUGCAAUCCUCGUCGUAAGCCUCUGUCCCUGGGUGUUGAGCCUUUCACACCUAGCAAGUACCCUCCACCUGGUUCAUCUAGCUAUGACGCACCUCAACACAACCACAGCGCUGGUCCUCUGGUUAUCAGCAGUGCGUCUCAUUCGACAUCUCGCUCAAUCAUGCACACCACCCCCAUCCUCUCACCUGCUCCUAGGACGUCGACGCAGAAAUCUAAAGGCAAGUCUGCUCCAAAGCUCAACAAGCCUCUUCCACCUCUUCCAUCUCUAUCCUCCAAGCCUCGCAGCCAGCACUCUUCUCAGCGUGCAAAUGCACCUUUGAAUCACCGCGCUGGUUGGGAGCAAGAGGAGCGUAGAGUUACUCCUGUUAUUCGUUCAACAAGAACUCUUCAUCAACCUCUCAUCGCUAAAAAGAUCCCUACACCUGUUACUGCUGCUAAUAUUCUUCGUAGUGAUUUGAGAGGGGCCAAGAUGAAACUUGGAAAGAAGUGGCUUGCUCUUUCCUGA